UUCCCCUGCUUCCCUCCCUCCCACCCUAGAUAGCGAGGAAGGCGCCUCCGGGCAGGGCCGCUCGCCUCCGUCUCCCCGUCCCCUCUCUCCGAGCCCCGCUCCCCGGCCCGGCCGCCGCCCGGCGCCAUGGCGUGCGGCGCCACUUUGAAAAGGACUCUGGAUUUCGACCCGCUGCUCAGCCCGGCGUCCCCGAAGCGGAGGCGAUGUGCGCCAUUGUCAGCCCCGGCCUCGGCCGCCGCCUCCUCUUCCUCCUUCGCCUCCCCGCAGAAAUACCUGCGCAUGGAGCCCUCGCCCUUCGGAGAGGUGUCCUCCCGGCUCACCACAGAACAAAUUCUGUACAACAUAAAACAGGAGUACAAACGCAUGCAGAAGAGGAGACACUUAGAAAAUAGCUUCCAGCAGACAGAUCCUUGUUGUUCUACUGAUGCACAGCCACAUGCAUUUCUUCUUACUGGACCAGCUUUGCCAGGUACUUCAUCUGCAGCAUCAUCACCAUUGAAAAAAGAACAGCCUCUGUUUACUCUCAGACAAGUUGGAAUGAUCUGUGAACGUUUGCUGAAAGAACGUGAAGAGAAAAUUCGUGAAGAGUAUGAAGAAAUUUUGACCACAAAACUUGCAGAACAAUACGACGCGUUUGUGAAGUUCACGCAUGAUCAAAUCAUGCGACGAUAUGGAGAACAGCCCGCCAGUUACGUUUCAUGAAUCACAUUUUCUGCAUAUGUGGGCUGCCCCAUCCACCCCGUUUUAUUGUUGCAAGCUGUCCCAGUAAUGACUUGCAGCAAUGCCAUAUUUUUUCCCCCUGUGAACACAGGUUAUUUCAAGCUUUUGUCAGUGGCAACCACUCUUAUGCAGCAACUGGUUUUGGAGUGCUCCCUGAUGUCAGUACCACCUGGAUGUGGACCUUUGCUACCUGUAAUAAUACCAGUGGCCUCAUUUGCUGUAUCAUUACAAUUUGGCUUCUUAUGUUAAUAAGUUUGAAAAAGUAAAGGAUUAAAGCUGAUGUUCUAGAAGUUGCCCUUCACUGGUUGUGUAAAUAAAAAUGUAGAAUGACACUUCUGACUGAAGUUAGUGUGGUUUUCAUAACUGUGCACUACAACAAAGCUGUAAUCACAGUUAAAUUAGAAUGUAAUCCCAGGACAAUUUUAAGCAAAUAGCCCACAGUACUGCCUGUGAAAUAGUGAAGGAGGGCAUUUCUGUAUUCCAUGACUUUUUUGGGGGUUAAGAAUGGGUUUAUAUGAUUUCUCAUUUUUGUAGUUUUUAUUUAUUCUCUCAGUCUUUAACAAAUGUUUAUUGCUGCAAUUUUUCAGUGUAUCAUUGUUUUACUGCCCUUGUAGUACUGGAAUUUAGUUGGAAGAAUAAAACAUUUACUUCUAA